AUAGAUUAGAGAAGGAGUCUUUGUAUUUGAAAAAGCAGAUUAAAGCAACAUCCAACCUCCUCUCUGCCACGAUUUCCCUACUCGAGAGGAGUCGAUUCGGGUGUUUAUUGGUGUCCUUACCAUGGCUCACGCACGGGAGGUAUAUACAUUCCUGAUUCGGAGACUGACAUGAGUGGUCUGCUAGGGGAGGGCCGACUGCCUGGGCCACCGUUAUGCUUUUUUGUCUACUAAGCACGGGAAUACCACAAGCUACUACUAGCGAGCUAUGUGUAAAAAGUCACUAUAGUUAUGACUUAUCCCGUACACAAGAAAUAACACCAGAAUUAUGUUCGACAGCGCGUGCUUAUAGAUAUCCGUACUUAAUAGAACAGCUCUUUUUUGUUACACCACGCCCCCCUUCUGGCUCCACUAGCAGAAUUUGCUCGCAGAAUAUACGCGGGUUGAGCCAGGGGAAACGCUCCGGUAGGUUGGACUCCUUAUCGGGAUCUGUAUCCUAAUGAUUCCCCGAACGAACUAGGGGACGUAACUCAACCAUGUAGAAGGCCCUAAGAUGAUACAUAUUAUAUGGAGGGGGGGCAUAAGCGCGAAAGGCCCAACAGAGUCGAUACCAGCUGCAAGCGGUAGCAGGAAUAGAAGCAAGUGAUCAAAUAGCUUUUUGUUU